AUGAAAAAGCAAUUACCCAAGAGUGCUUCUCAAACCGCCAUUCAAAAACCAGAGAAAUCUUAAACUAUAAAAACUCCUGAAAGACAUGGCAUCCCUAGAAAUGUUAAUUACUAUAGCCAUUUUUUAGCUGAACCCUACAUCACUGAAAAAGAUAUUGAGUUUGUACUCUAGUUAAGAAAUAUUGAUCAUGUAGAAUCUCUAUCAUGACAUUAGGCAGAAAUGACAGCUAAAUUGGCUAGAAUACCAAAUUAAACUUUUUCAAGAGGAGAUCAGAAGAUAGAAUCUUAAAAGGACAAACACCUCUCAAGGGAUGUGAAGUAUAAUGGCAAUUCAACUCCUGUCCUUCAUCUUCUGAAGGGUAGAAUUGGUCCUACUCCUCAUUUAAGUUAAGCAGAAUUUGAAACUGGUCUACGAUCCUAUGCUAAAACAGAUAAAAGUCUUCUUGAAAAAGAACGUAAUUGGACUACCGUCCCAAAAACGUAACGUAAAGAUGCUUUCCCUGAAUUCCUGCCUAAUUAUAAAGAAGAGAUAUAGAAAAAGAAAUCAAUGAGUAUGAGUGGAGGAAAACUUGCUAAACUUACUUAUAGUGGUAAUCAUUUACAUUAACCAAUUAAGCUUUUGAUUCGGAUUCUAAUUACCCAUCUUAUUUAAUGAAGUUUCAUGAUAAAAAUCUACAAAAUGUUAAACAUAUGUUUGUUCCUGCAAUUAAGAUGUCAACUGUUUAAUGGUAAGAUGGAUUGAGACCUCUUGAACCCAUUAAAAAAGAAAAAAAGCCAAAAAAAUGA